AGUAGGCUUUUGCAUAAGCGUAAGUUUAAUAAUAACAAACUGCCAAAUUUGCUUAUUUUGUGAUAUUUAACAUUGAAAGCUGCGGCACAUUAACACGCCAUUGCGUUCUAGGCACACAGAUCGCAUACGCAUCAUUUGACUCAAGUUAAGACAUACAACAACAUAUGGGCAGUAGCAUCAUAACGCAGCUGGCGCGAAAGUACGGUGCAGUGAUAUUCUUUCCAACUGUUGCAGUCGGCUCCAUUUACGCAGACUGGUCACACACACGUUCCUGGAAGCGCCAACAGCAGCAAGCAGCACAAAACGCAGCGCUGAAAAGCCAAAGCUAA